CUGUCACAGACCUCAAGGGCUGUUCUGCAGCACGACGCAGAGCCCGGGCGUGGGAGCGGCCAUGUGCUGGAGACGAAGCAGCCGCUAUAAAGGGGACGCGGCGGCACCGUCGCCAUCCGCCUCACCUUCGCUCUUGAAUACCACAGCAAAAUUCAUCAUGAUGCUUGGGCAGCAGCUCAUAGUGACUGUGCUGUGUUUGGGUGCUGUUUUUGCAGCACCAAACCCGAAGGAAGAUAGCCUGAACAACUACAUCGACAUGGUGAUGGAGAACCUUCAGAUCCUGAUCGUGGAGAACGGAUACGACCCGGCGCCGCUGCCCAACGCGACCACCGGCUUCAGCGAUACGGUCCUGGGCGUCACCUGGCACGGCGAGGCCACCGCCUACGACGGCUGGCUGCGCGGCCUCGCCAGCGUCUACCGCUCCGAGAACGCCGAGUUCGUCCGCGAUGACGACGGCAUCGUCAUUGGCCUCUCCACCGGCAUGGGCCUCUCCGCUAUGCAGGGCCAUUACAAGCUUCUGGCCAAAUUCAUGGACCUUGGCCCCGUGGCGGAUGUGGUCAUGGACAUCAACGGUGCCAGCAUCUUCUUCGCCGCCGCCCUGGACCGCACCUCCUGCCGCUUCCAUGUGUCCACCAUGGAUGUCACGAACAUUGGCCACAUCAGCGUGGACAUCCAUGGCCUUGGUCCCCUGAACUGGAUCUUCGAGAUUGUGGUUGACAUGGUGGUUAAUGUGGUGCGCCUCUUCAUCAAGAACACGGUCGAAAGCAUCAUCCAGGGCUUCACCAACGACGUGCUGGACCAGCUUGACCUCGGCCCUCUCGGCCCCAUCAUCGGCUGCGACAACCCCAGGCUUGUCCUUCACCGCCAGCCGCGCAGCUUCAUUCCUCGGGCGUAGACGCGGAGGACGGCGACGCGUCUACGCCUCGUCCUGCUAGCCUUCGUCCAAGCCUGCAACGUCGACGGUGGCGGGGCUCCUCAGGGGAAAGAAUGGAGGAGGAGGGCGGGGCACGUUCGAGAGACAGAAAGGAUAGAUGCUCUUAGAUGCUCUUUGGAAUAAAGAUUAAUUUUUU